AGGAUGAUGAUGAUGAGGAGGAGGAGGAGGAGGAGGUGGAGGUGGAGGCGGAGGCAGAGGAGGCAGCCGGUGCGGCAGUGGCCCCAGAGGAAGUGGAACUGCCCCAGGAGCACUGGGCCAGCCCCUGGCCCUUUUCAGCGGUGCCUGGCCCUGCCGUGGCCCUGUGGUCCCACUGCUGGCUGGAAGCCCUUCUGGAGGGCUGCGGGGAGCCCCCCCAGGACACCUGGUUCCCCCUCCUUGACGAGAAUGGUCUCUUAAACCACAAAGAGCCGGAGGCGCCAGCGGGUCCCAGCGCCCUGCACAGGCAGGCACGGCAGCAGCUGCGCCGGGCCAUGCAGGAAGGGGGCCGCAUCCAGCAGUGGGACUCCCCGGCCCCAGCACAGCCCCUGGAGCCAGUGGGGUGUCCCGAGGAGCCCCUGAGCAGCCGUCUGAUGGCGGCCUGGUCCGGGGACUGGGUGCAGUGGUGGGAAGAGAGGACGAGGUUCAACAGGAUACAGCGGCUGCGGGAGCGGCGGCGGCGGCACAAGCGAGCCCGGGGCUGGUGCAGCCUUUCGUCCAGCUUCAUCUCCUCCCUCACCUAUCAGUCUGAGCUGUCAGAGCUGAGUGAUACGGCCCCACCACCACCACUCCCCCCCAGCAGCCCCUCUAUGCUCCCAUUGGAGAACUCCCCAUGGGGCAACACCCCCGUGCCAGAGUUACUGACCGACGAAGCCCUGCUGUCGUCCCAGAGCCUGUGCCGCCGCGGCAUCCCCAAGGAGCGGCAGAAGACACUGCGGGACUACCUGGGGCUGUGGAUUGAGGCCCCCUGCGAUCUAGAGCCCCCCAACAGCCAGGCCAGCCAGCUCUGCACCCGCUCCUCCCAGAGCCAGCUCUCCUCAGCCUCUCAGACCUACCGCAAACGUCCGUGCGUGGGCUUCUGAGCACCCAAUAACCCCCGCCCGGCCCCACAAGUGGGCUCUGCAUGCAGAUGCCUGCAGAGGACCUGGUGGUGUCACCCAUGUGUCACAUGGGGGCACAAAUAUGUUGGUGCUUUAAAGUUGAUGUGGGCAAUUUUUUUCGGUCUUGAAUUGAGUCAGUGGUCGCGAUCUCCCCCUGCCGCCUUUACUUCUCCCCCAGUCACCACAGAUUUUUGAUGACUUCACUUGGCUCAGGCAAUCAUCCAGCCUCUGUUGCCUUCUGGGGCAGGCAGUUCCCCUCUUAACCAAGCUCUCUGCUCUUUACUGCCGAAGUUGUUAGCAAGGCCUGGAUGGGAUCAGGCUUCCACAGUGGAACCAGUGAUUAGUAUUCCUUGUGCUUGAUGAGGAAUGUUUAUAUGGGCUGCAGUUACCCCCCUUGAGACCAUCUAGAGAACUUAAAUUUAUCUGGUUAAGUCUCAUCUUUCCCACAGUUUGUCCACCCAAAUACAGGCAACAUCUCUGUGUACAUUGGGUGAGUACAUAAAGGCAUACAAACACAGUUAUUAUUGUAACUAAAGUUACUAAGUGUUUCUUUACACACAGACCUGAAUCAGGGAACUGAAAAGUUAACUAUGUGAAUGUUUCUAAGAAUCCAUGAGAAGUAUUAACCUUUUUUAUCUCAUAAAGCCUAUUAGUCUGUUUCCAAAUUUCAUUUAAAUCAGUGGAAAUCCUUCUUCCACUUUGAGCUAUGUCUACAUGGCAGCUUGUAUCUAAAGCUGUGCAUCCUCUUUGAGAGGUCAGGAUGAUGUCAAGAGCCAUCCUUUUCUGUAAAGUAGUUUUAGCUAACUCUGGCUCUUCUUCUUGCAGGGCCUUUAUAGCAUUGUCUCAUUUCCAGUUUUAUCAAUUGCAGCUGAAAUAUUACUCCACAGAUUUUUGCCAUGACAUAUUUUCAGGAAUGGGUACUCCUAUUAAAGGAAUCUCCUUUUGACCAUGUUCUAGAAAAUGAGCACAAACGCAGCGAUCAGAUCGGUUUGCAAUUGUAAGGUCUGAAUCAGAUUGAAAUGUAAAUUCUGAUCCCAGUGAUUUCCUGGUUCCGGUUGAGUCAAAAAGAUUAUCAUACAUUACUGUAUCACCCAGACUAAUCCUGCUUUGUUCUUGAUAGGCAUUUCUAACAGCUCACAAAAGGAAUCAAUAUUGUGGCAGUAUACAAACCAGAGGAACCAGUCCUUGAAUGUAAUCUAAAUUAGAAUAUGACUUAAUGGCUGUCACUGCUGUGGUACAAAAACUGAUAGAUUAUCCCAAGGUUAGUUUCUGGGUGUGUGAGCUGGCACAGGCAGGAUGCUGGAACAACCGCAAACCGGUGGAUAGUCUCGUUACCUUACAACCUGGGAGAUCUCCGUAGCAGCACCCAGGCAGAGGGGUGCAAGUUGGGACACAGGCACCAUGGACCUUGGUCCUUGCCAGCCAGAAAGGCAAAAAAGGAGAAAGAUCUUGAACCUGCUGCUUUUGCCUGUGUGUAUCAGGGGGGUUUUGCAGGCAUACUUUUCUGCUGUGCUUUGAUUUUUCCCACAGCAGCGCAGGGAUCUUAAGGAUGUGCACUAAGGAGCCUCUGAGUGUCUUGCAGGUCUAAACGCAGAUGUUCUACCCAUCAAGCACACAGAGCUAAGCUACAGUUAGGGUGACAUACAUGUUUUUUGGCCCCUCAACUGCAAGUCACUUGAGUGUCUUUACAGUCCUUCUCACCAAUUGUACUAGGUUUGUGUGGCAGGGUUUUUGGUAGUGGGGGAAGGGGCUACAGUGGUAGCCCCUCUGAGAAGCUUCUUGAAACCUUCCCCAGCUCCAUGAUGGACCUGCCUCUGGUCAAGGCCAAACCAGUGAGCGACUGGCUGUGCCUCUUUGAUACUGUAUUUAAGAAGGGCAACCUGAGAGCGGUUUGAGACUUGUAAGGAGGUGUUAGGAGAAGGACAUCUAUGCGAAUGCAGAGGUCAGUAGGAGGAAGGAGGGGAGGUGUGCUGGAGCAGAGACCUCCCCCUGUAUCCAGUGGUGGGAUGGCAGGGUCAUUGACCACCUGCCACCCAUGGAGGUCACUGGAGAAGCAGAGAUUCACCUGCGGCCUCUGCAUGCUGUCUCUUCUAGCACGUGUAGCUAAAUACACUCAUUAGAAAGUGUUAGUUACACUCUCAAUUUUUUUAAGUAGUCAUGUCCCAGCAAUAGGAGGGGGCAUUCUGGCACAUGUAGAAAUUAAUGAAUUAAUGUAGCAUUUACAACUGUACAUUUGAUGAGUUUUAAAAAUGGCCUAAAAGCUCACUUUCCUGUGACUCCUACAGUUGGCAUAGAUGUUUUCUUACAGCUAGUUACUACCGAGUGGGUUGCCCACUGUCUACUAGGAAAUCUGUAACUUUGUUCCCCAGGGAACAGGGGAUCAGUUGCAAAGAUCUUGAUAUCUCACCCCAUCCCCUUCAUUCAGUAUCAGAUGUCCUUAACAUAAUCAGAUUAACAUCUGAUUCUGGCCCCCAUUUUCCUGAGGAUUCAGCAAAUAGGUUUUUUUUCUCUUGUGGGCAUUCAUGCUUUCCAUGCCUUUUUUUACUGCAAAAAGCACACACAUUAUCAGCCACAAACAUACAGUCUGAAGAGUUAACCUCCAUUCCAUUUACCUCUUCCUUCACCUUGGCCACUUCCUCCACCUCUGUUGGGGCUCCCAGUGAUUGUAGCUGCCAGCCAGCUAGGCUUGUAAUUCUAGUUCUUUGUGCUUCCCCCCUCCUUUCUCUAUCAUCUCUUGUUUGUAAACCUUGUAGAUACUUUGCAUCAAUCAUGAUACAGACAUUCCUUCCACCUAUGCAAUCUGUGUAGGACAUUAGCUGUGGUUUAUCAGCAUAGCAGCUAUUAAUUAUUAUGUACACAUUAAAGUUCUCAGUACCUGCUUUGGAGCUGGAAGCAAGCUGACCUUCAUCUUCACUAUUGCUACUAUCCUGUGAUUUCUUUUUUCCAUCUUUUGUUCUAUUUAC